UAAGCAACAAUAGAAAUACAGGCGAUAGAAAGAAGAACCAAAGAGAAACGAAAGCAGGAAAGAAGGGAAAAAAAUAAUUCAAAGAAAGGGAGCAAAACAAAAAUGGAAAUGAUGAUGGUGAAGAAUGAAGAGAUCUCAGGAAGGCGCCGUGCGAGUGUUACAGAAAGUGAGGCUUACGUAGCUCGUUGUGUCAAAAGACGGCGCAGAGAUGCAGCUGUAGUUACAGUUGGUGGUGAUGACAGUCAAAGUCAUCAGCAGCAGCAGCAGCAGCAGCCAGAGCAACAGGCUCAUCAAAUUUCUGCUGCUACCACCGUGAAAAGAAGUUCAAGAUAUCGUGGUGUCAGCAGGCAUAGAUGGACAGGCAGAUUUGAAGCUCACCUUUGGGAUAAGCUCUCGUGGAAUGUAACACAAAAGAAGAAAGGAAAACAAGUUUACCUUGGAGCUUAUGAUGAAGAAGAAUCUGCGGCAAGGGCAUAUGAUUUAGCUGCAUUGAAGUAUUGGGGAACAUCAACUUUCACCAAUUUUCCGAUAUCGGAUUAUGAGAAAGAAAUUGAGAUAAUGCAAACUGUAACAAAAGAGGAAUAUUUGGCCUCGUUAAGAAGAAAGAGCAGUGGCUUCUCAAGGGGGGUGUCCAAAUACAGGGGAGUUGCAAGGCACCACCAUAAUGGGAGAUGGGAAGCAAGAAUAGGGAGAGUUUUUGGAAACAAAUACCUUUAUCUUGGCACCUAUAGCACACAAGAGGAGGCCGCUCGUGCAUAUGACAUUGCUGCAAUUGAAUAUAGAGGAAUCAAUGCAGUGACCAACUUUGAUUUGAGUACUUACAUCAGAUGGCUAAAGCCAGAAGUUGCUGCCCAAGUCGCAGCAAAUGAACCGCAGACUGUUGCAGAGUCUCGGAUGCUGCCAUCGAUCAAUAACCGUAUUGCAAGAGAAGAAUCUAAACCUUCAUUCUUCAGCGCUACUCCUUUCAGUUUAGAUUGCUGGAGUUACCCUCGUAAACAAGAAGAGUUCCAAAACAGAACUCCCAUUACCCCUUGCAGCAAGACGUCAUCACCCACUGCACUUAGUCUCCUCCUUCGGUCCUCGAUAUUCAGGGAAUUAGUUGAGAAGAAUUCCAAUGUCUCUGAAGAUGAAAAUGAAGGGGAAGAGACGAAGAACCAAUCACAAAUAGGCAGUGAUGAUGAGUUUGGGGGACUGUUUUACGAAAGAAUUGGUGACAUCCCAUUUAUUUAAGAAAGAGAAUUCGAUUUUCGUGUUGUGAUCGGAUCACAGGUACGUGCACAUGUCACAACAAAGUGUAAAUCCUCCGUUUUGGCAAUUAGAUAGGAACUACAAAGCCUAAAAGUGGGCAGUGCUUUCUGUAUAAAUUUGUGAAUUCAGCUUUGUUCUGUUAAUAUGAACACAUUUUUUAAAACAAAAUAUAUAUGUUACA